ACGCAUGCGCGUUGUCGCUCAUUGUGUUCGCAAAGAUGGCGUUGAGUAAAACAUUUGGACAAAAACCAAUAAAAUUUCAACUCGAGCAAGAUGGGGAUUUUUACAUGAUAGGUUCAGAGGUUGGAAACUACCUGCGUAUGUUUAGAGGCUCUCUUUAUAAGCGGUACCCGUCACUAUGGAGACGUCUCGCAUCCGUGGAGGAAAGGAAGAAAAUUGUAGCAUCAUCACACGCCACCAGUGUGACCCUGCUGAAGGCGUCUGAAUGUGAGGAGAUCUUCGAGGGGAAUGAUGAGAAGUACAAAGCAGUGUCCAUCAGCACAGAGCCUCCGGCGUACCUCAGGGAGCAAAAGGCAAAGAGGAACAGUCAAUGGGUGCCCACCCUGCCCAACAGCUCCCACCACCUGGACGCAGUGCCUUGUUCCACCACUAUCAACAGAAACCGAAUGGGACGUGACAAGAAAAGGACCUUUCCGUUAUGUUUUGAUGACCACGACCCUGCAGUCAUCCACGAAAAUGCUUCCCAGGCAGAGGUCCUGGUGCCUAUCCGCCUGGACAUGGAGAUUGAUGGGCAGAAGCUCAGAGAUGCCUUUACCUGGAACAUGAACGAGAAACUUAUGACUCCAGAGAUGUUUGCUGAGAUCCUGUGUGAUGACCUGGACUUGAAUCCUCUUACCUUCGUCCCUGCCAUCGCCUCAGCCAUUAGACAGCAGAUCGAGUCUUACCCCACCGACAGUAUUUUGGAUGAGCAGACUGACCAGAGAGUUAUCAUUAAGCUAAACAUUCAUGUUGGGAACAUCUCUCUGGUGGACCAGUUCGAAUGGGACAUGUCAGAGAAAGAAAACUCGCCAGAAACAUUCGCUUUAAAGCUCUGUUCUGAACUGGGUCUCGGAGGAGAGUUUGUCACCACCAUUGCCUACAGCAUCCGAGGACAGCUCAGCUGGCACCAGAGGACGUACGCCUUCAGUGAGAACCCAUUACCAACGGUGGAGAUUGCCAUCAGGAACACAGGUGAUGCCGACCAGUGGUGCCCUCUGCUGGAGACCCUGACAGAUGCAGAAAUGGAGAAGAAAAUCAGAGAUCAGGACAGAAACACAAGGCGUAUGCGACGACUUGCCAACACCGCCCCUGCCUGGUAAAGACAG